UAGUAAAGAAUACCGGAAGUAGUUUCGUAGUGAAAGUUAUCUUUGUUUCAACUGUUGAAGGAGUUAGACUCUCACCUCUUCCACUGUAGCCAUUAUUUUAGUCCCUCUCGUUAUUUCCAAACUUAUUGUAAAUGCAGUCAUGUUAGAGUCGUGAACGACUUGCAAAGAACGAACGUGAUCAUGGCCAUCGCCCACGUGGCCACUGAGUACGUGUUUAGCGACUUCCUCCUGAAGGAUCCUAAUCAAGCUCGAUACCGCAGUGUGCGCACCGAACUGGCGGUGGACAAGAUGGUGACCUGCGUAGCCGUGGGCCUUCCUCUCCUCCUCAUCUCACUGGCCUUCGCGCAGGAAGUAUCCGUCGGAACUCAAAUUAGCUGCUUCGCUCCCAGCAACUUCUCAUUGAGACAGGCAGCAUACGUAGACUCGUUCUGCUGGGCGUCCGUGCACACGCACACGCUGCCUCUCUGGCUGCACAAGUUUUUCCCGUACAUUCUGCUGCUGGUGGCCAUGCUGACGUACAGUCCGGCUCUGUUCUGGAGGUUCUCGUCAGCGCCGUUACUGCAGUCGGACCUCGGCUUUAUAAUGGAGGAGCUGGACCGAUGCUACAACCGAGCUGUCACGCUCGCCAAGCGUAUGACCACCGAUGCUUUGCAUGGAUCCGACAGUUGCAGCGACCCAACGGAGGGCUGUUUCAACUACCCGCUGGUGGAGAAGUUCCUGAUGACGAAGCGUUGCUCCCGCGUCCUACUGGCUCGGUACCUGCUGUGCCGAGGUCUGACGUUGGCCACACUGCUGUGCGCCUGCCUCUACCUGGGCUACUACCUGCACUUAGCCCCACUCACCGACGACUUUGGCUGUACGCUGAGAGUGGGCCUGCUUGCCAAUGACUCGACUGUCCCGAAAAGGGUGCAGUGUAAGCUCAUCGCUGUAGGAGUCUUCACGUUGCUCAGCCUGGUCAACUUAAUCGUCUUCUCUACGCUGAUCCCUGUGGUGAUCUAUGCCAGUCUCCGCCCCCUCCUCUGUCACCGCUACGCCCACUUCCUGGAAACUUACCAAUUGCUGCCCACGGUGAGUGUCCUGCCCACGCCCAGCGGCCAAUGGGACGACCUCUCUCUCUAUCUGCUCUUCUUGGAGGAGAACAUCAGCGAGCUCAAAUCCUACAAGUACAUCAAGGUGCUGGAGUUGCUGAGGAAAAGAGGAGAAUGCUCGGGUGAGGACUUUGACGCCAUGGGUCUGCUGCAGACUCUGUAUCUUGUCAAGAUGGACACUGUGGAUGCAAAGAAAGCCGCCGAAGCGGCGGCAAAACCAGACCAGGUUGUCAUCCAUGAGGAAAAGUCGGACAAAAACAACAUCCAAAGCCACAACAGACAGGAGGAUGAAGACACGAUGGGAACUGAGAUGAAAGAGCUGACUCGGUUGUUGCCGGGCAACGGCGAUGUGACAGAGGGCAGAGCAAACAGCGAGGGCGGUGCUCUGCGGCUUCGAGCAAUGUGAUUGGCUGCUGACAUUUUUCAUUUGCAUAUCCAUCCAACUCAUUAGCAUGUUGUUUCUGUACUUGUGCGUGCCCCAUUAUGGGAUGGACCACGACCCCUUGGAUGAUGUGACCAUUUCAACCAUCCUUAAACUACAAUGACAUUAUCAGAAUGAGAUGUGAUGUCUUUAUUUGCACUGUUUUUGUGUUUUAUGAUUGUUUUGAACCAAAUAUUCUUAUGUAUGGAUUGUAAUGCUAUUGUGAUUCUGUAUACACUGAUAUAAUGGGAAAAAAAAUGACAAUGACGGUACAAAGCGUUAACACCAGAACGUUUCAUGUUUGCUUCAUGUUACUCUGUUGUUGUUUUAGUUGUUUUAUACUGGCAUCAUGAAUGUAAACAUGUAUUUAAUACCCUCAUACAGUGACUGGAAACGUUUUUUGAAGUGGUAACCUCUGCGGUUUGUGUUAACUGAAUAUUUAUUUUUCUUAUGUUGUCGUUUUGAAAAUAAAGCAGCUGUUGAAACUG